AUUUUCAUUAAAAGUAAUAGGCCGCCAUAUUUGUGUAACUUAUCCACUACAUAUAGCCAUCUGGUGGGAGAGCGGCGCAACUAGCAUCUCCAUGGAAACGCACAUAAUGGUGUGGCGCAGCACAUCCCACAGACUUGUUAUGUUUCGCUAGACGGUUAGCUAAAGGCUAUCGCCAGAACAGCUUCUUGCUGAUUAACGUUAUCUAUGUUUCGAAGAAGACCAUCACAGGCGGACACGAUCUCAUCAUCAUGUCCGUUUCAGUUGAAGAGGUUUCUUCGUCCCUUGUACGGGAAUAUCUGAGUCGAAAGGGACUCAAGAGGACUAUUGCCUGUAUGGAUGAGGAGCAUCCACGCACAGAGGCCAGUAUCAACAACAGAUCACACUUGAGGCAGAUUCUCAACAUGGAGGGUCUCUAUAGAAAGAAUAAGGUUCAGAACUCCCCCCUGAAAACAUUACUGGAGAUUAUUGUAAAGCAUCAAAUCAAGGGCCUUAAUAACAAUGACAAGAUCACUAGCAAUGGAAGUAGUCCCCCACAGUCUGCUCUAACUAUCAGCUCAUUUGCUAAGUCUCCUGCAGGAUCACCAACAGCGAUGAAUGACACAAAGACAGAGGAUAGCAAACACAUCAAAUCAAGUUCUGAUAUAGAAGAAAUCUGCCCUUCUCAGCCUAUAUAUACAUCAUUAUUGCCUGAGACGGACAGACUGUCCAGUCACAAUCAAAGUGGUUUCUGGGCUUAUGACUCAGAAGACCUAAAAGGCCAGCCACUGGGGGCUUCCCUCCAGGACAAUGAGAGCUUCGUCAGAAGAGAACUAGAAAAAAAGACUUCCAUCACUGAGAGCACCCAAAGGAGCAGAACUAAUCGAAUUAGACGUGGCAUGAUGGCUGGACCAAUAGCUUGCACACCUCAGGAAUCAAACAAAAAAAGGCAGAAUCGAAGGCAAGAAGUGCUCAGAAAAGAAGAAAACAGACAGUCUAUGGAUGGACUUUUAGUAACCGGCUUACAUCAAGAAAGCUUAGAAAGCGGCCUAACUGAAAUCAGCUCAGCUGACUGUGUAGGAGGGCAACGGGAGUUGCGGAGUGCACCAGAGAGAGUGCAGAGGGAAAACAGCUUUGAAAAAGUGGGACACGACCUACUGAAGACCAAAAAAGUAAAGUCUUUGACCAGGCCAAAUGUGACUGAUUUGAAUGUGUCUGAGAUGGUUUUAGAUGACAUUGAUGAUGAUGAUGAUCUGCGAGAACUCUCCAAAGUGUCCUUUCAGAGAACCAUCGCAGAGCACAGCUAUGCUGGCCGCCCGAUGGACCAACACACUGCCAUGGAAUUGAAAGCUGUUCUUCUUGGUUCCAGCCUAAAUUGUUUCAGUGUUGAGUGGAGGAAUCAGGGUUUCACAUUCUCAGAAACACAUGACCUGAGAUACGGAAUUGUGCAGAAAAAGGGUGGUCCUUGUGGCGUUCUGGCAUCCAUCCAAGCCAUUGUUCUAAAGAAACUGCUGUUUGAAAACAUCAAAAGCAGUGAUACAGGCCUUCAGAGGUUAAGACCUUCCAACACUACCAGAAGAAAGUGUCUUGUUUUAGCUGCGUCUGAAAUCCUGUGGAGGGCUGGUGAGGAAAAACAAGCCACAAUUGCAAUAAAUUCAGGGAGAAAUCAUUUCACCCCAACUGGACACUACAAAUCUGAAGGAGUCCUUGAAAAGAUAACAUGUUUCAUGGUGGAUAACAUAAAGCACCUGCAGUUGCUUCUGGAGCAGCAUAUUGAGCAGUUUGAGACAGGGGUGUUAGGAUGCAUGCUGCUGACCAUAUCUGCUGUUCUCUCUCGAUCUAUUGACAAAGUAAGAGAGGAUAUGGAUGUGCCCACCACCACGCUCAUCGGAGCCCAUGGCUACUGCACUCAGGAGCUGGUCAACCUGUUGCUCUGCGGCAGAGCAGUUUCUAAUGUUUUUGAUAAUGACAUCGAGUUGGACUCAGGCAAUGGCAACAUGACUCUACUCAAGGGUAUCCAAGGCCACUGUGAUGUUGGCCUGCUGUCUUUGUUUGAACAUUAUAACAUCUGUAAGGUAGGAGCUUACCUGAAGACUCCCCGUUACCCCAUCUGGCUGGUGUGCAGUGAAAGCCACUUCAGCGUGCUGUUUGGCCUGCAGAGGGAGCUGUUGACCAAUCAGGACAAAGGUCUGGAGUUUGACCUCUACUAUUACGACGGACUGGCCAAUCAACAGGAGGAGAUCUGCCUCACUGUCUCUGUUGGCAAAUCGGCCCUGAGCUGUCAAGAUGUGGACACUGAUCUCAUUCCUCCACUGGAGCACUGUAUCCGAACGAGGUGGAAAGAUGCAUUUGUCAGUUGGAAUGACACAGAGCCUAUUCUCUGACUGAUCACAUGGUUUGAUGUUAUUUUAAUUAUGGACCAUUAACCGACAAUAAACAUAAGUUUUCUUCAUAUUUAAACAUAUAUUUUAGCAUUACCAUUGUUUUCUCUUGAUAGUAAGACACAGUGUUGUUCUGCCAUUUGAUUACAUGACAUGAUGACCUGGAUGUUAUACGUAUCACACAAUGUAUGGUGUUGCCUACAAAAUGAUAUUUGAGAGAAUGCAGUAACUAUAUCUUUGAAAGGUUUAGCAAUAAACAUAAGCUAACAUUUUCUUUAAAUGGGAAACUCAUACUUUUGUUGCUGGUGAAAUGUAAACGCCACAAUGGCCUUUUACUCUUUACCUGUACCUUUUUACAUAAAGAUAUAACCAUAUAACCGAUUGUUAUCCAUAUUUUAAACUAAAUUAUUAUUUCCCUGCUUAUUAGAAAUUAAAUUAAUCUGAUCUUUUAAUCAAGAAAACUGUUGAAAAAUGACUACAUAAAAUAAGUGUUAAUUUCACAUCACGUUUUAACUAGAGCUGCACAAUUAAUCUCAAUAUUAUCGAAAUCGUGAAGUAUCCAAAACGCAGAAACUGCAAUGUUUUGAUAAAUGUAAUUGUGUUGCAGAGAUGCCCUGGCCUAUAAAUCUUGUUCUCCAGAUGAAAGAAAACGUGUUUGUUUGGUACAGACCCCAACAAAUAACAUCAUCGUGAUUUUAAUAGUUGUUUCAAUGAAAAUGAAAAUUGUGAUGCAAAACGAUCAUUCUCACUAAUCGUGAAUCAUAUCGCAAUUGUAAUAUGUCAAAAUAAUCACAAUAUGAUUUUUUUUGUACCAUAUCGUGCAGCCCUAGUUUGAACUGACUUUUGUAUGACACUUACUAUGUAAUCUUAUGUUACAGUUUGGUUUUGAAAUGGCCCAAAAUCUCACUUUAAGUGAGAUAAUAUGUUAGGUUGUACUGUAUUUGUUUUCAUCGCUUCAGUAAUAAUUCUGAUGUGUUGUAAAGAGAUUAGAUUAAAUAAAGACAGACUGGUGUGUGUGUGUGUGUGUGUGUGUGUGUGUGUGUGUGUGUGUGUGUCAUAGAGAGUGAAUAUUCUACUAAAUUGCUUAUAAUUGCCUUGAUGAAUUUUCACUUUUGACAGACCACUCAUCUGGAACAGAAAAUAAAAUCAUUCAAUACCUCAA